GCAAUAUAUACCGUCUUCUUCCAUCCGUUGAGCAAUGUUCCUGGUCCUUGGUAUCUCGCCGCCUCUCGUAUCCCAUACAUACGUCACAGUCUGAACGGUACGCUUCUCUCAUGGAUGCAAGAGCUGCAUGAGAAGUAUGGCGAGAUGGUUCGGUACAGUCCGAAUGAGCUUAGGNUUUCUGUCAUCUCGGGCAAGGAUAACCCAUGGCAAGAAAUCUAUGGCUUCCGCACCGGCAAGCAGAAGCACACUGGAAGUUUCGAGAAAGAUCCUGUGUGGUACCCUACACCCAUGGAUGGUAUCCCGCACCUCAUCGCUGCACGAGGAGAGAACCAUGGCCGUCAACGACGUGUCAUCAGCCAUGCCUUCUCUGACAGGGCUCUUCGGGAGCAAGAAAGCUUGCUUCAAUCUUAUGUCGAUCUACUCAUCUCGAGGUUCCGCGAUAUUGCAGACCGCAACCCAGACUACGCUUCUGGUGGUGAUGGCUGGGACUCAACCGGCAAGAUUGAGCUUUGUAAAUGGUACAAUGGCUUUACCUUUGAUGUGGUUGCAGAUCUGAGCUUCGGGCAAUCCUUUGGUUCGCUUGCUGACAUGAAACAACACCCAUGGGUUGGCAACAUCCUCGAGAGUCUCAAGUCUGCCAAAUUCGCCUAUGUCACUCACUACUUUCCCGUUGUCAGGAACAUGGGUUCUCUCAUUAUCAAGAAAUCGCAGCUCGACAAACGCGUCGAACUCUUCAAGUGGAUCAAAGCCAGAACCGCGGCUAGAGUUGCUUCAGAGACACAACGACCGGAUUUUGUGACUUCCAUCUUGCAAAACUCAGAAGGACACGGCAAGAAAGGCGAGGGCUUGCGCAAAGGCGAGCUGGAAAGCAACCUUGGUAUCUUCAUGGUAGCCGGUACAGAGACAACAGCGACAACAUUAUCGAUCGGCAGCUAUCUUCUACUUGAAAACCAAAGCACAAUGGAGAAACUCAAGCAAGAGAUCCGAAGUCGCUACAAGUGUAAUGCUGAGAUUACCGUCGACUCCGUCACCCACCUCGAGUACUUGAACGCCGUCAUCCACGAAGUCUUGCGAUGUUAUCCUCCCGUUCCUGCAGGUUUCUUGAGGAAGGUGCCAGAUACAGGUGCAGAUGUUGCUGGUCUACAUUUCUCAGGCAAGAGCAACGCCUCCAUCUCCGUCAGCCAAUACGUCGCCAACCGCUCUACUCUGAACUUCACUGACCCAACACUGUUUGUCCCUGAGCGCUGGCUUGCAUCUCCGCCACAAAGGUAUGCUAAUGACAACCUCGCAAUUUCACCCGAGACGGUUUUGCUAAAACGACUACCANGCUGCUUGGGCAAGAACCUCGCGUAUGCAGAGUUGAGAUUGGUGCUUGCAAAGAUGCUGUUCAACUUCGACAUCGAGCUGGACCCAAGAAGCGUUGGGUGGGAGAAGAGGCUUGAGCACCAUACUCUGUGGUACAGACCUGAUUUGUGGGUGAAGUUGACUGCGGUGACGGAA